AGGCACCACAUGAGCACCUGUCCCUACCAUACCUGAUCCUCUUCAAGCCACCCAAGGGCAGAAGAGACACCCUAGAUCAGCCUCAAGUGCCUAGAGACCAGGUGACCGGACAUCUGCCCUAGCCCUGGCCCCAAGGUCUGACGUGGCGUGGCAGGGGUGCUGUGCCCCCUCCCCCCAAGCCCUCUGAGGCGCCAGAGCUUUACCUUCACAUUUUCCACUGAAGUGAUGCCAACCCUAGCCUCCCCCCUUAUUGGAUUCCUUGGCCAGGGCUCUGGGCAGCCACAGACAGGGAUGACCUCAUCGCCUAUGGGCUCCCUCCCCUGGCAGAGGUCUUAGGCAGCAGUGGGUAGUUACAAGGCAGGAGCCAUGGGAAGACCCCACCCCACCCAGAGGGAGACAAACUCCGUUUUGCUCGGCAGGUGACCAAGGACCCCUCCUAGCACUACUGGUCUCCCCCUCCCACUUCAGUAGGCAGAGCAGCCACAUUCCUGGACACACAUUCCUGGUUUCAGCCCCUGCCAGCCACCACCCUCACUCCUCCCAGGCUGGGGACUGCUGCCCAGGCGGCCACUUCCUGCAACAGUAGCCACAGGGAGGAGGGGCCCAGACAUAACUAGCACAGCUGGGUGCCAGCAGCCCCUCAGCAAGACCCCUUGGGUGCUGUCCCCCUGCACCUGUCCAUAUCAGCCCUUUCCAACAAGUUCAUCCCCCAAAAUACCCUGUACCCUUGCUGAGUGCUCUCCACCUAGGGGGCCACUUCCAAACUGGAGGGAUGGGGAAGUGCCGAUCGUAUUAUCCACGUGUCGUGUGCGCUGGCACGGAGGAGCCCCACAGAGCUCACAGCAGGGAUGAGGGUGGGUCCCCUCAGGCAGGAUGGGUCAAAGGGGGAAGUCUGUGGCACAAGGCACAGGCCAUACAGUCAGGUCAGGUCAUUCCAACCCCACACACCCAUCUCUAGACUGCCACUGCUGGACUCAUCCGCGCGCGCGCGCACACACACACACACACACACACACACACGGCCUGGCACAACAAAAGACCCAAGUGCACAUGGAAGGAGAGUCAGACAGGGUGUGGCCAAGCACUCGGGGCCAGGGCAGCUGGGUGAACUUAGGCAUGCCAGGGGAGAAAGCCUCUUGAUUCCUAAUUUAUCCUCUUCCUUCCUGCAGAAUGAGUAGAAUGGGCACCAUGGUCUUGGGGCAUCAGUAGCACCCCAGAAACUCCCCAGCCAGAAAGAUGCUCAGGACCCCCUAGGCACAGCUAUUAAAAGGGAAAAGGUGCACAGGCUCCGCAUAAACUCCUCCAGGCCAGGGAGGGAGGCGGAGGCCAGGCGCGGGGGAGGAGCCGACUGCUAUAAAGGCACUGCUCUGCUGGCGGCCCCACUCCAGUCCGAACACAUGUGCCCGCCUCGCCCGGCAGCCGCCACCGCGGGGCGCAGCGGAGACCCCUGGCCCGGCGGCCUGUGGGGGCCUCAAGAGGCGGCAUGAGCAGCGCACCGUGGAGCUGACGCCGCGCCCCCUGCCCGGCUCAUGUCCUUCGCCAUGCUGCGCUCAGCGCCGCCGGGCCGCUACCUGUACCCUGAGGUGAGCCCGCUGUCGGAGGAUGAGGACCGCGGAAGUGAGAGCUCGGGCUCCGACGAAAAACCCUGCCGUGUGCAUGCAGCGCGCUGCGGCCUCCAGGGCGCCCGGCGGCGGGCGGGAGGACGGAGGGCCGCGGGGAGCGGGCCGGGACCCGGGGGGCGGCCAGGCCGCGAGCCCCGGCAGCGGCACACGGCGAAUGCGCGCGAGCGGGACCGCACCAACAGCGUGAACACGGCCUUCACCGCGCUGCGCACACUCAUCCCCACCGAGCCAGCAGAUCGCAAGCUCUCCAAGAUCGAGACGCUGCGCCUGGCUUCCAGCUACAUUUCUCACCUGGGCAACGUGUUGCUGGUGGGUGAGGCCUGCGGCGACGGGCAACCAUGCCACUCGGGACCCGCUUUCUUCCACAGCGGUCGUGCGGGCAGUCCCCUGCCACCGCCACCACAACCACCACCUCUGGCCCGAGACGGAGGCGAGAACACCCAGCCCAAACAGAUCUGCACCUUCUGCCUCAGCAACCAGAGAAAGUUGAGCAAAGACCGGGACAGAAAGACGGCGAUUCGAAGUUAGAAGGAGGAGGGUCCACAGCGGCCAAGAGGUGAUGCCACUAGUGAAGGUGGAUGCCACUGAAGAGCCACGGAGAGCCCCACCUCGGACCUGAGCUGAGCACAGGUCCCCAAGAGCACGCUCACCAGGCCAGCCCUGCCCCAGCUAUGAGCAGGGCCUACGGACAGACAGAUGGACAGGCGGGCUAUGGCUUGACUCUAACUAGCCCAACACUUACCCAGGCCCACUGGAACUUUCCAUGCUGACUCCCUACCUGGGCCAAGUGUUGGCAUCUUGUGUCUUUAAUAUGAUAAUAUAAAGUCUGAAAAUUUUGUAUAAUUAAAAAGGAAA